AUGGCCCCGGACGUUGCGUUUGGUGAACUAUGUGGGGUUGACGCUCUCAUUGACCAGUGGCAGCGCUACUCGUUGUCCUUUGGAAGCCUCUACUUUAAGCUUAAUCGGAUGGAAGAGCAGCCUUUUGGCGCACUGGAAACGUCGGCUGAACAUCAUGUUCAGCGCGCACCGUCAAAGCAUUGA